CCAAAAAAAAAACAAAAAGACAAAAAUAUUUAUUAAAACAAAAAAAGAAAAAAAAAACAAAUAAUCGUCUUGUUCUGUUCUAUUAUAACUUUUCAUUUUAAAUAAGAAAAUGGCGAAAAAUUUACUAGCAAUAUGUCUGGUGUUUAUGGUUGCAUCAAGUGUGGUGUAUGAAGUGCAAGGAACUUUCUUAUUAAAGUUAUACUUGAGGACGAGGUUUCCCAGACGUUGUAUGGACUUUGCGCCUUUUGCUGCCAAGGGUAUGUUGAUGCUCUUGAGCAACCUUCAAGAUGGAUGUCCCGCAACUAGAGAGUUCAAGGAAUUCUUUUCAAGGUUCAAGUCUUACAUAAGCUUUAUCAUCUCGGCAUCGUCCUCAACGAAAAACAUUGAUACGGAGAUUGAUGGGAGAUGUGAAUUACUUGCCAAGGCUAUGUCUGCAUUGAGUGGUAGUACAAGCAGUAAAACAUCGUCGGAUUUAAAAAUGACCAUGCUGUCAAUGGGAAAGACUUUGGUUGAGCAGAAGAGGCAAGGUUCAACGAUACUGUCAUUUCAACAAAAGAAAGAAUUGCUUAAGGCUUUUGUAGAUUGGAUUCGACUUGUUUUUACAUUCGUAAAGAGUGUCGCGGAGCAGAAAGGAAAGACGAUUGAUGAGUCAUCUUACGGUCUUGAUGUCGAUGUUAAUUCCAGCAUUGGAAGUGGAAGCGAUAGUGAUGAUGAUUCAUCCGAUAGUGAGGGUUCCUCACCUCAAGCUGGAACUCCCACUCCAACCACUCCCAGCACUCCCAGCACUCCCAGCACUCCCACUCCCACAACUCCCACUCCCAGCACUGAAACUGGAUCCUCACCUCAAGGUGAAACUCCCUCUCCAACCACUCCCACUCCCACAACUCCCACUCCCAACACCGAAACUGGAUCCUCACCUCAAGGUGAAACUCCCGCUCCAACCACUCCCACUCCCACAACUCCCACUCCCAGCACCGAAACUGGAUCCUCACCUCAAGGUGAAACUCCCACUCCCACAACUCCCACUCCCAGCACUCCCAGCACUCCCACUCCCAGCACUCCUACUCCCACUCCCGCUACUCCCACUCCCACCACUCCUACUCCUUCAACUUCAGACAGUCCGAGUGGAAAAACCUCUGAAAAAGGAAGCGAGAGUUCUAGCGGAGGUGCUUCAACAAAGGAAGAAUCCAACAGUCAAAGUGGAACUCCCACUGGCACCCCUUCUGGUUCGACUCCUACUGAUAGUGAAACCUCUGCUCAAGGAAGUGCUACUUCUCAAAAGAAAGAAUCCAGCAGUGUGGAAUCCAACAGUCAAAGUGGAACUCCCACUGGCACCCCUUCUGGUUCGACUCCUACUGAUAGUGAAACCUCUGCUCAAGGAAGUGCUACUUCUCAAAAGAAAGAAUCCAGCAGUGUGGGUGAUUCUUCUCAAACCAAUGAAGAAUCCAACACCGGAAGUAAUUCUUCUGAAAAGAAGGAAUCCAAAAGCCAAAGCUCAUCUACCACCACAUCAGUUAAAGAGGUUGAGAGCCAAACAUCCUCGGAAGUCAUGUCUUUUAUUUCAAAUCUUGAGAAGAAGUAUUCACACAAUGCAGAACUCAAAGUCUUUUUCGACAAACUAAAGACUUCCAUGUCUGCUUCCUCAAAGCUUUCUACCUCAAAUGCACAAGAAUUCGUCUCUGGGAUGAAAUCUGCUGCUUCCAAACUAUCAGAGGCCAUGAUGUUCGUGUGUUCAAGGUUUAGCCAAUCCCAAGAGACCAAGUCCAACAUGGAAACUUCCCAACAACAAGUGUUGAAGACUCUCAAGGAACUACAAGACAUCAACAGCCAAAUCGUAAGUGGAAAGAAAGUGACAUCAACACAAAAGACAGAGCUUAAGCAGACGAUCACCAAUUGGGAACAAGUCACAACCCAAUUCGUUGAGACCGCUGCUUCUUCAAAGUCAUCUUCAUCUUCAUCUUCAUCUUCUUCUCAUGGCAGUGUAAAGAUAGCCCAGACGAACUGAGUUGAAAGCCUAAGCACCAUCAAUGAACCCUAAAUCAGCAAGAAAGACAAACUAGUACCGCCAAAUAUUUUAUUUUAGUAUCUUACUAGAGAUUUUGUUUUCGCUUUUUAAAUAAUACUAAGAUUGGUAUAGGCCAGCAAUGGCUAUAAACCAACGUAUGCAAGUAAAAAAAAAUUACUCUGUAAAAAAUAAUUAUAGAUUGUAAGCGCUCUGUAUUGUUGUUAACAUGCAGAAGUGAGUAAGACCCAUUAAAGGGAUUUUGAAUAAUUUUCUUCUCCUUUAAAUUUAA